CAACAACCCCGCGACAGACGACUCCGCCAGCGAUCUGGAACCCUGUACCUUUACGCUACCAGAGAAACGGCCGUAGUCAUGGCCUCUCCAUUAGAAGGAUGUGUAGCCUCGCUACGCAGUAGUAUGCAACUACUGGAUUCGUCCAUUAACAUAUUGGACGACGGCGUCAGCGACCUUCCUCGGCUGGAAAAAGUACUGCAAACAACACGACACUUUGAACUCAUUUCCGAGUCGGACCUUCAAACGGCGCAAGCAGGACUCCUCUCGGAAAUACGCCCAGAAAUCGACAAUCUUCUCAAGCGUGUAGAGAACUACGUAGACAAACUCGAGCGUCGCGAACAAGCCCUCAUAGCUAAAUGUGACCUGAAUGACGGACGACUUGGACGUGACAGCAAUGGCGGUUCGGGAUCCAGGCCAGCGAGCAGGAGUACGCAGAGAAAUGGAGGCAAGGCUAUCAGUGCGCAACAGGAGUUACGAUUUAAGGCAUUAAAAGCAAAGAAAGACAGACUCAGUUAUGCGGUGGAGACGCUCGAGCUUCAGGCGAAGCAACGAGAGAGGCAGCUGAGGAUGAGUAUGGCAGCGCCACAGCAACUAUAUGAUGACUGAGCCCAUCUGGGCUCUUUCAUAUUAUGUUGAGUGGGUGGUCAUGUAGCAUGCGGAUGCAAGGGAACAGCAUCAUUGUGUUUGGAUGGGCGUUUUGCAAUUGAGAUACCCCUGGCGCAUAUAUAUGACAUACAAUCCAAAUACCGUCGUCCGAG